AUGUCUCAUAUCAAAGCUCCUCACCACUCAGAGCCACAGGGACUUCCACAACAAUUAUAUAUCCGGAUUCAAGACUUUACCUUGGAGAGCGGGUCCACGAUUCACGAGGCUGUGGUUGCCACUAGUUUCCGUGGCCUGCUCAACGCAAGACGAGAUAAUGCCGUCGUUAUUUGUCACCCCCUUUCCGGCAGUGCGGCUAUGGAAGACUGGUGGUCGCCCAUAACAAACCGGUCAGAUGCUGCGCUCGACCCGAGCAAAUACUGUCUCAUCUGCUGCAAUUCACUCGGAAGCCCGUAUGGCUCCGCAAGUCCGCUGACUUAUCCCGUGGGCCGUGGGAAAGGUCGUCGCCCAUAUGGGUCCGCAUUUCCGAAAACUACCAUUCAAGAUGACGUCCGAAUUCACAAGACUGUGCUUGAUAUCCUGGGAGUCCGCUCAAUUCACUGCGUGAUCGGUGUGGGCAUGGGAGCCAUAUUGGCACUGGAAUGGGCCUUGCUCGGUCAGGAGCAUGUGCGAGCCAUGGUCUUGAUAUCAGCAGACGCAAAACACACUCCGUCGAUGGACAAGCGAUCCUGCGGCGCAGAGAGACAUGAUACCCCUCUGCGCUCCAGACAGAAGUAUCCCUGUCACCGGGUCGAUCUCGACCCUUCAUUUGACCAUGAUUGCUUUCACCACAUGAUUGACAAGAUCGAGUCUCACGUUGUGAUCAGAUCCUGCUCCGCGAGCACAAGUGAAGAUGAGCAGGCUCCGAAAGAAGUUCUCGGGCAAAUACGGCAACCGGCCUUGGUAGUGAAGGUCCCGAGACCUCGUAUCUGUCCGCUGGAGGAUAAAGCGCACCUAUUCAAGAACAUUCCUAACGUCAUCUCUGCGACAAUAGAACAUGAUGAGGGUUAUGGAGAAUCGCCUAUUAUGGCAGAGCAGCUGGACAGUAUGCUUCAUACGUUUUUGGACGCCAUACCUAGGUGA